CUACAAGAUCACAAACUGCAGUACAGUAACACCAGCUAUGUUUGCUGCAUCAUAAAUAUGUAAGCACCUGCCUCUCAUUGAAGAAUGCUCUCUGUAAGGCACACAGUCUAUCCAGCCUCCCUAAUAAAAAACAACAGAGAGAUGGUUUUGCAGUCUGGCAGAAGGAUUGUGCAAUUCUGAGAUUAGUGGCUAAAACAAAACUGGCAGAUGGAGUUGCAUUCUUUUUAUCCAAUGGCUUUCUGCAAAAGCACUCAUUUAGGACCCAGUGGAAAUGUUGCCAGAUAGGACUAACUUCUUCAUGAGUAAUGGCCAAUCCCUGAGCAGCAAGGAAAGGAAGAGCUCUGAGUAGGAAGCCCUGGAAAGCAGGUUUAAAAUAUUAAAGCAGAAAAGCAGUUUUCUUUCUAACAAUGAUCACUCUGAUAAAUGUGAGAUGCUGGAGAUACAGCUGAUUCAAUGUUUAAACCAGCGUGUACUUACACGGCAGGCGGUUACGGGACUGAAGGACAGUGGAGGAGUGAUUCCCACGGAAUGCCUUAUUUUGCAAAAGUAAUUUUGCUGAUCAUUUGUUUGUUCUUCCUUGUGGAGAGCCGAAAGCACAGGAAAAGGAGAUGGACAGGACAAGUAGAGCUGCCGCAAAUAAGUCAGAUAUAUAAGAAGAACCAUGACAUGACCAAAACUCGGACAGGAAAAAGUGAACAGCUCCUGAGGGUAGAUGACCAUGAUUUCACCAUGAGGCCAGCCUUUGGAGGCCCUGCUAUUCCUGUUGGGGUGGACGUGCAGGUUGAAAGUUUGGACAGUAUUUCUGAGGUUGAUAUGGACUUUACGAUGACACUGUACCUGAGGCAUUACUGGAAGGAUGAGCGCCUCUCCUUUCCCAGUCAUACUAACAAAAGCAUGACUUUCGAUGGAAGGCUGGUGAAGAAGAUCUGGGUGCCAGAUGUCUUCUUCGUUCACUCAAAGAGAUCCUUCAUUCAUGACACAACCACUGACCACAUCAUGCUGCGGGUGUUCCCAGAUGGCCAUGUGCUCUAUAGUAUGAGGAUCACGGUUACAGCCAUGUGCAACAUGGACUUCAGCCGAUUUCCACUAGAUUCGCAGACUUGUACUCUGGAGCUCGAAAGCUAUGCUUACACAGAUGAAGAUCUGAUGCUGUACUGGAAAAAUGGGAAUGAAUCUCUAAAAACAGAUGAGAAAAUCUCCUUGUCUCAGUUCUUGAUACAAAAAUUUCAUACAACCUCCAGACUCGCUUUCUAUAGUAGCACUGGUUGGUACAAUCGCUUGUACAUUAACUUCACGUUACGUCGCCACAUCUUUUUCUUUUUGCUGCAAACAUAUUUUCCAGCCACACUCAUGGUCAUGCUAUCUUGGGUGUCAUUCUGGAUCGAUCGCAGGGCUGUGCCUGCUAGAGUAUCAUUAGGGAUCACAACGGUGCUGACCAUGUCUACCAUCAUCACGGGCGUCAAUGCCUCCAUGCCUCGAGUUUCUUACAUCAAGGCUGUGGACAUUUACCUCUGGGUCAGUUUUGUGUUCGUCUUCCUUUCGGUGAUAGAGUACGCAGCCGUGAACUACCUGACCACUGUGCAAGAGCGAAAGCAGAGGAAGCUGCGAGAAAAGUUUCCAUGCACGUGUGGAAUACCUUCUACCAAAACUAUGAUGCUGGAUGGUAUUUACAGUGAAUCCGAUACCAAUAGCCUAGAAGGGUACCCAAGAGGCCAGAUGGUGGCUGAGGAGGAUAAGCAAGACAAGAUGGUGGUCCAUUUGGCCCUGAAUAAUGAGUCCAACUCAUCAAGGAAGAAAGGGCUGAAGGGACUCCGUAUCAUGCAAAACACACACGCCAUUGACAAAUACUCAAGAGUAAUAUUUCCAGGCACCUAUAUAUUUUUUAAUUUAAUAUACUGGUCUGUCUUUUGCUGAAAAUGCUAAGGCAGUGAUUUUCCCAGGAGAUACUUUAAAGACCACUGUGAGUUUCGAGGCUUUUUGGCCUCUGAGAGAGAAAGCAAUCCCGUCCAGUUCCACCUUUGGAGUGUGAGUGUAUUGGAAAGGAGGCACUGCAGCACACAGUGCUAUUUGGAGACCGUUCACCUGUGCCAGUUAAUUUAGGCUUCCCAUUCCUUUGUUAAUUUUUGAUAGUCUUGACUUUCAUACUUGAAAACAUGCACCUGUUGGCUUUGGAUCUCAGUCACUACAUGUGUCUUCUACAAGUGGGUGCUGGAAACAGGAUGGCCAGAUUUACCCUUUUAAAAGGGAUCUGGAGUAGAUCUGGGGUUUGUUAUGAAAUGUUAAAAUCAAGGGAAACUGCUACACCCUUAAGGGGAAUGUGGUGGUUUUUAUUAUAAGGGGUAGCAAGCUGACACAUGUAGGGUUUGUUUUGCAGCCACUAUGGACAAACUACCCAAGAUAAUCUGCCUGAUAAGAAAAGAGGGGCUUCAGAUGGUGACUGAAACUGUCUUGAAAACAGCAGGUUUUCUUAGGAUGCUGUUUAAGAAGGCUGCUUUUACAAGUGAGGUUGCACAUGAUAUCUAGGUAUCCCAGUGUAUUUCCACAAGCACUUUUUAUCUUUCUUCCCUCCUCACAAACUCCUG